AUGCUAGCACCCUACUUUUAUGACGAGGAAAAGGACAAUAAAAUUUUAGAUUCAUUUAGGCAUGUUUUUAAAGGAAAUUAUGAUUCACAGACAUCUGUUCGCAAUAAUUUCUACCCUCCUAUCAUAGCUCGCUUUAUUCGAAUAAAUCCGCAAAAAUGGUACUUAUAUAUAUCCUUACGCGUAGAACUCUUUGGAUGCGAUUAUCAGUCCAACGUGAUUAGUUUUUCCGGAAAUGGCGAUCUUAUUCGAUACAAUAUAAGCGAUGAUCAAAUACACAGAACUUCUGAAGUAAUCCGGCUCAGAUUUUUGACAAGUUACAAAGAUGGCAUCCUAAUGCAUAGCCCCGGAAGUCAAGGAGACCUAAUAUUUUUAGAGCUGAGGGACAGCAAAUUGAGGCUCUACGUGAAACUGGGCGACAAUCACGAAGUCUCGUUGGAACCCUUGACUGUCGGUAACCUUUUGGACGACAAUCGUUGGCACGAUGUCAUGCUAGAAAGGAACGGCAAAAACCUCACCAUGACCGUAGAUCAAAUGAAAAAUCAAUCGCUUAUACCCGGAAGUUUUUCGCUUCUAGAUUUGGAUAAUUACAUAACUUUUGGAGGCAUAUACUUACCACCGACAGCCAAAAACAACUUGGCAAUAUCUUCCCAACUUAGAGGCUUUAAAGGAUGCGUAGAUAAUAUUUUGAUCAACGAUAUCAAUAUAAUCUACGAGACUCGUAAGAAUGCCAAAGGGUUCGAAACUUUGAACAACCCCGGCGACAUGUGUCGAAUUAAAAAAUCCCCAGCAGUAACCUUUACCCUUCCCGAAGCGAACUUUGAAUGGCCGGCCUUAGAUGGCAUAAGCGCUUUGAAUAUAUCGCUCGAGUUUCGAACUUUUCACAGCAACGGAUUGCUAGCCCAUCAUAAACUAGGAGGAGCGGGCGGUUACAUAAGUUUGUUGCUGGCUAAAGGAAGGAUCACUCUAACCUUAAGAGUCGCCUCGCAGAUGUCUUCCCCAUUUGAAGGCAUUGUUAAUCUAGCUAACCUAUAUAGCGAAACCUCUAACAAGCAAAGUAUAGAUCCUUUUGAAAAUAAGCAUUUUAACGAUGGAAUUUGGCACAGGGUCACCCUCUAUAUCAAAACCAACGAAAUACUCUUAGAUGUCGAUCAAUGGAAAAGUUUGACCCGAAGGAAAAUAGAUAUCAGAACCGGGAAAAGUUAUCAAAUCGGAGGAGGAGUGACUCCCGACGAAGAUCCAGGUUAUUUAGGUUGCAUCAGAUCCCUAUACUUGGAUAGUAGAAUGAUCCCCCUAGCUUCUCUAACUCCAAAAGAUAUCAGCCAGGGAAUAAGCAUCGAUGCCUGUACGAUUGUGGAUAGAUGCACCCCAAACCCUUGUCUACACGAAGGUGUAUGCACCCAAGAUUGGUUCGAUUUUUAUUGCGUAUGCGACGGGACCGGGUACACGGGACCCGUUUGUCACUCGUCCAUUCACCCCUUAUCUUGCGAGGCUUACAAGCAAAGGCGAAAUUUGUACAGUUCGCCCUCGACUAGUUCGCCAUACCAUAGUAAUGGAUUCGAAGAUUCGGAUACCAAACGGGACGAAUAUAAGGAGACCGGAUACAAAGCUACCACGAGUUCAGCCAUAUCACUAACCGGGACGUCCUUGAUCAUUGAUAUGGACGGGAGUGGGCCAGCUAAGCCAUUUAGGGUCGUUUGUGAUUUCAGUGAAAACUCAUCGCCACAUCGUCAAAAUCUUGAUACUGGUUCUUCCCUUACUCAAACCAUCCUUUCUCACAACUUUCAAUGGGAACGUAACAUGGUCACGGGAUAUCCCGAAGCCGGAAGUUACAAGCAAAGACUUUAUUACGAAGGAAUGGGCGAUGACCCAUAUUUAUUGGAUUUGUUCGUUAAUAGAUCGUUGUCAUGCAAACAAAACAUAAAAUACGAAUGCCUUAUGGCUAGGCUGAUGAACAGUCCAAAUUGGAACACGCCCAUGAGUUGGUGGGUCUCCCGGCACAACCAACCCAUGUAUUAUUGGGGAGGGGCACCUUCCGGUUCAGGAAAAUGUGCUUGUGGGGUCAAACAAAACUGCAUUGAUAAGGAUAAAUAUUGUAAUUGCGACUCGUACAAACCCUACCUAACGGAAGAUUCAGGGUUUAUAACGGAGAAGGAGCAUUUACCGGUCGUUGAAAUCGCAAUCGGCGAUACUGGCACCUUGGCAGAAGAUCGUAAAGCUUAUUACACUGUUGGGCCUUUGUUGUGCACUGGCGAUCAAUUGUUCGAAAACGUGGUAACGUUCAAGAGAGCUAAAGCGAUUCUUACUUUUCCUCCCUUGAUUAUAACCGAUUCGGGGGAUAUACAAUUCGAGUUCAAAACUUCCCAUUUAUCCGCAGUAUUUUUCGAAAAUUUAGGCACCGACGGAACCAUCACUUACUUCCGCCUUAAAUUAAUAGACGGCAGAAAGCUACAACUAGAAUUUAAUACCGGAGAUGGGAAUCGAAUUUUAACGAUCAUGGCCACGGACUCGUUUAAUAACAACGAAUGGCAUUUGGUUAACAUUGAGUGGAGCAAGAAAGAAGUCAGAUUUUGGGCUGAUUCUUAUAGACCCGAAAGUUUAUCGGAGAUGGAAGCCAACUUCAAGGCCCUAAAAUUGACGAGAAAGUUUGUUAUAGGCGGAAAAGCGGACAUGACCGACGGUUACAUUGGUUGCAUGAGGGUUUUUACCGUGAACGGCCAACUUUUAGAUUUAGUUUCCAAGGUCGAAGCUAUAAACUCUCUCCUCAAUUCUCAUAGGACACCUGGAUUGAGCCACAAAAAAGAAUUAAAAAAUAUGGGCAUACUUGUGGGUUGCAUGGGCGCCUGCCGGAUCUCCGACAAUUACCCAUGCCAAAAUAACGGCACUUGUUACGAAAUGUGGUCUUACGCCAAAUGCGAUUGCGCCUGGACCGCCUUCAGAGGACCUUAUUGUACCGAAGACGUGGGUGCUCACUUAAACUCAGAGAUGAUGAUAACAUAUCGAUUCCCUAAUGAGUUAGGGACGCUGACUACUAUUAGUGAACACAUGAGAGUCGCCUUUUCAACCUUAGAAUUUCAAGGCAUUUUGCUCGAAGUUACUUCUUACUCAGGCGAUUUUAUAUCAUUGCAACUACAAAAUAACGGUGGCCUCAAAAUCAGGUUUAACUUUGGAUACGAGCCCCAAGAGAUCAAUGAUGAUCGUCAAGUUUACGCUAAUGGCCAAUUCCACGAGGUACAUGUCUGGAGGCGGGAUGGAGGUUCCACCAUAGAACUUCAAGUAGAUGAUUACGAACCUAAGAGGACCAAAUACCAAACCGGACUCAGUCAGGACACCAAAUUCAACGAUCUCAAGGCUAUUUACAUCGGGAGAAAUGAAACGACACCACCAGGAAAGGGAUUUACUGGUUGCAUCUCCCGCGUGGAAUUCGAAGACCAUUUUCCUCUCAAAGAAGUUUUUUCCUCUUCCAACUCUCGCGAAAGUUCUAACUCGUUUCGUUCUGCGUCCGUCUUGGUUACCGGUUCGCGUAAUCAGCUAGUCGAAGAUAUGUGCAAUGUAGUUCCCGAAACUCCUUUUAACGCCGAGUCGCAAACCGAAGAUUUUAUUUUUGUUAAAGGCCAAGUACUACUCGAGAGGUUUGCCCGUGCUAUUCCUAAAUACGUGGGAGUUAAGAUGGCGACUAUAAUUGCUCUCGCAAUCCUAAUAGUAAUAGUUUCAAUGUUCGUGGUAUAUUUCGUAGCCAAAUUUUACACUAGGCACAAGGGAGAUUAUUUAACGCAAGAAGACGCCGGUGCUAAAGAUUCCAUCGAUGCCGACACUGCCAUAAUGAAAAGUCCUAUUGGACAAAUUGAUACUCUUCAAAAAGAAUGGUUUUUUUAGAUCUCGCAAAACUACAAUCAUCAAAUCGGAAAUUAUUAUCUUUUUUCCCCAAAAUUAUUUUUAAAUUGUUAAAUAUUUUUUUUUAAUUUUACAUGAUUUUACGCUUAUUUGUAUAACCAUUUUUAUAUGAAUUAUUUUUUACACUAGAUU